AUGGUGUGUAGUAGUCACUUUAAAGCUAAAUACAUUCGGUUCUUAAUUAACUAUCAUUUGUUCGUAUUUGCCUGUGUAUUCAUUAUGACAAGUAUUUCAAUUGGACUGAUCAUCUACAAACGUCAUCAAAUCGACCAUGGUCAUUUAUUAGGAGGUUUUCAAGCUCACGGAACAAAUGCAUCGGAUGAAUAUCGAAAAUUUAUUGCGCUCAUACGUGAAACUCAGAUUGCGCAUUUAUAUCCGAAUUCGAUCAAUAGUGAAAAGAUAUUUUCUGCGACACCAUAUCCGUCUUUCAAUCCACAGAUUAAUCCUUGUACGAAACGAUUCUAUUUGUCUACAUGUCCGAUUCUUCCGUAUACUGAAUUAACGUUUGAAUUCAAACAGAAUACUUCAAAUUUAUUCGAUAAUUUACACAACUUUCAAUCGAUCUGUAAACUUGAAUGGAGUCUACGUGCUCGUUACACAAAUUGUUCAAGAAACCAAUCAUGUUGCCAUUUGAUUGGACCAGUCACUCUUCUUUUUCAUGAUAAAUUCACUUCAUCCGACCAAUGUGAUAAUCUAACACAAGAUGAAUUCCACGACUAUUCUGAGCAGUGGUCGACCUGUUCGAGUUCAUCGUGGUGUUCGAAUUCGAAAUUAAAAACCUAUCUGACUUACUUGAAAUCGCCAAUUACAUUCAAAGUUUACAUUUCAAUCGAAAACAAUCUAAGCAAUCUUGUACAUCUCUACGAACAUAUCCAUAAUUAUCAUUUGAGAGAUAUCCUCUAUCUAAAAUACUUCCAUUUCGACUCCAAUCAUGAAGACCUUCUCUUCAGUUAUUAUCUUCAAACCAAUGAGAUGUUACUCUACUUAACCAUAAUUCUCUACUUGCUUUGUUUAUUCUUCUUUGUCAAAAAUUUAUUCUUUAUUUUAAUAAUUACUCUACAUAUUUUCUUAACCAUUCUCUCUUGUUAUCUGAUCUAUUUUCAUUUGUUACAUUUUCCCAUUACAAUCUUGAAUUAUACAAGUAUAACAUUAUAUUUAUUUCUGUUAAUUAUCGACUCGUUCCUUUGGUCCACAUGCUGGUUUCUCAAUAAUCAUCGUCGAGAUGAUUGUACGAUCGAACGUAUUAUCGACAAUUUGCUCACCCAGACGUUUUUAUACAUAAUACCCAAGAAUCUAACGGCUAUUAUUGCACUUGUUAUCACAUUUACGAAUCAGGUCAUCGCAAUGCAAUGCUUCAUCGUCUUCUCGUUUCUACUUAUCUUAAUAUCGUUUCUCAUUUCAUUUACACUCUAUCCAGCUUCGUUUAUAUUUAUUCUUCGUUACAAAUCAUCGAUUCCAACUAUCGAACAUCUGCCUCAUAAUCUGCUCACAAGUACAACUAACUGUCUGAUCGAUCAUACAAUUCCGUGGUUAAUUGUACGUUUAAAAGGAUUCUGGUUAGCUUUGCUAACUUGCAUAUCGUGUCUGGCGUUCAUCAUUGUAUUUUAUCGGCCAAAACUACAGUUCGAUGCGUGUCAUUUAACAUUCGAUGCACUACCGAUGCAUUCAUCAACGAAAUUUGAUGAUCAUGCGUUGAAACAUGUCGAUAUUGAUGUGACGUAUUACAUCGGCUCUCCGUGGGAUCUACCGGCUGAAUCUUUAAUACCAUUCAAGGAUAUUCCCAUUCUUAGUUACACUCCAGAAGAUAGUUUAACAGCCACAGAAGAUGGAAUUGAUACAUUCUCAUAUGUACUGAAGAAGAACCUAACACAAUUCAUCGAUUAUUGUGCAUCGGAAUCGAAACACCAGGAUAAAUCCCCAACAAUUCAUAACGAUUCAAUGAUAAGCACAUCCACUAGUACGACUCAGGGUACAGAUCUAUUUCAAACAAAUUUCCAUUGCUUUGCUGACUUAUCCUGGUCAAUUGUGGAUAUUUCUAUGGAAACGGAUUCGAAAUUUUCAACUUAUAUCUAUAUGCGAAGUAAUCAAACACAAAAUUGUACAUCAAUUUGUCAUUCAAAUCUAACGAAAUCGCAAUACGAAUGUCUGACAUGUUUGAAUUCGUUGUUUUAUCUUUCGCAUCAAAAUGAUGAUCAUUUUCUGAUAAAAAAUGGUUUAAGAUUUAAAAAUGGCCAAUAUCCUCGAUAUUUAUUUCAAACAAUUAGUUAUAAAUGGUUGCCACAAAGAACAGUGAAUGAUUUCUUUGAAUGGCAAUACUUAAUAGACAAUUUGAAGAAAACUUCUCUAGCAACGUUCUAUUUGAAAACAUUUCCACGACAUUUUCUCUGGUCGACAAGUGAAAUAUUUUCCACGUUCACACUUAUGACACAAUUAUAUCAAGAAAAAUAUCUAUUUAUCACAAUUAAAUUUAUCGUUAUGCUCGUUUUUCUCACUCUAUUUACGGGUAUCUUAGGGAUUUUUGUUACACUAACUACAUUACUCAAUUUUGUUACAUGUAUUGCAACGUUAACUUUGAUGAAUUAUAAAUUAACCGUGGAGAACAUGUCUCAUUUUGUUAUUGUUUUGAUUGUAUGCUCGCAAUACUCGGUACUUUAUUCCAUCAGUUACAAACUAGCACCAACGUUUUUCUUUCAACGUGAAAAUCGGAUGACGUACUCUUUGAAACAGCUAUGUACGACAUUGAUUCAUUUAACACUCUCAAUCAUGAUUAUUUCCACACCGUGUCUCUUCUCCUCGUUACCGUAUCUGUCGAAAUCAGCUACGGUGUAUAUAAUUUCGUCAAUAAUUAGUUUGAUCUACUCGACAUUUUUUCUCCAGUCGCUUCUUUGUUUCAUCGGCCCGCCUGGUCAGUUGUGUUUUUUCCUUCCGUGGCGUUUAACAUUUACACGACAUUCAAAUGUUCAUAAGACAAACCUGACCGAAACAGCAGUGCGAGGCGCAUCGAACAGUGGCGCCGGCGUUGGUAAUGGAAGUGGGUCACGACGACAUCAUCGUCAUCUCUCGCAUCGUAUGUCCACAUCUUCACAUUUCGCUUCAUCUUACUUUUCACAAAUUUUUACUGGUUCUACCUAUUUUGAAAGUGAAUACGGUGGUAUAAACGAAACUUCUAUUAUCGGACCACGACGGCGCGAAAGUUCACGCAGUCAUCAAACAUCACAUCUGAUUAAACAAAGUUCGUUAUUAACAGGAGAAUUAAUCGAGUUAUAUACACCGCGCGCAAGUCUAGCACCUCAUGCACAUCACUUGCAUGCUGCUCGAUAUUCGAGACAAUCGUCUGUUACACGUGCAGUAACAUCAACGACGCCAGCACGACCACUUUAUAUAUCUCCAUCGGUGUCACCUUAUUCACAAUUGAGUAUACAUUCGCAAAUUCCCAGUCGACAACGUUCGCCCUCGCCUCAUAUCUAUCGACCAUCACGAUCACCCUCACCUUCACCGCAUUCGUUCGCACCCAUAACAAGUUCACUUUCACUUCGUCCAUGCUACUCAGCACCGCGUCUUCAUGUUCCUAUACAUCGAGCACUAACUGCGAGUGUUCGACCAAAUGAUACUCUUCUCGAAGAAAUGCCUACUCCAAGUGCCCCACCAACUAAGAAAACAGUCAUGAUCAUUCAAAGACAAGAUGCUAUAUCAUCAACUGACGAUCUUGAUCCAUCGUCACCGAUCCGAACUCCUUCACUAUCAGCUACAGCAAGAAGAAGCAUGUUGAAAGCAACUACCAUGCCAUCGAAUGAACUCAUUUGGCUUAAACGAUCCAAUAGUAGUUAA